CAAGUUGGGGCCGUGAUGCAGUUAUCUGGGCUCUGAUUUCCAAUCUUAACAUCAUUUCUACAUCUUCUCUCCAAUUUCCUCUCUGAUUCCUGUACAAUAAGAGCCAGAAUGUGUGUGCACAACUGUACUGUGUGUGAAUGUAUUUGCUGUUUUCCCCAUGUCUUCUGUUGUUUCAUGGAUUCUCCUUGAAAGUCCAAAUGUUUUAUUAAAGUAAUAGAUCAUUUAUUUUAUGAUUAUUAUUUAUUUUCUUAUAUAUUGGAUUUUAGAGUUGACACGUCUCUGUCCCAGUUGUUAGAAUUUAAUGCAAAUUAGAUACAAAAACAAGCAGCAGUAACCAUGAACUAGAAUAUGUUAUACAAUUGUGUACUUUGAAACUCUACAUUAUGAAGGAGGAGAAACAUUCAAAUCCAGCUGUAAAUACGAAACUGGAUCUUAUCUACAUGAGCUUAGAGAGAGAAACAUCCUGAAAGAGGAGAGAAGCUACAUCAACACGAACUGACUCUUAUUUUACUUAUUUGUAGAGGAGGAAGCAUCAGAGAACGUCCUCUGGUCUGAACACAGUUUAGUGAAGAAAAAGUCAUUUUAGUGUGUUUGUCCUCCAAAGAUGCUGUGGAUUCUGUUCUUCAUCUGUCUGAUUGGAAGGCUGUGUGCAAACCUGGGCAUAAUUUCACCCACAGAUUACUGCAACACACCAGACAUAAAGCUGAGGGACAAGAGAGCAUACCAGUCUACAACCUAUAAAUGGUUACUAAGAGAGUAUCCUGCUGACAGAGCCUUUGAUGGGGCUCAAUCAACAUGUUCUUACACAGAGUAUCAGACCAAGUCCUGGUGGACUGUAGACCUGAAGGAUGUUUACAACAUUACCUGUAUCUCUAUUUGGAAUGAGGACGAAUGGUUUGACUCUUCGAACAUAUCAGGUGCCAAGAUCUACAUCGGGAACUCUCGUCAGAACAACGGCACCAACAACAAGCUGGUCCAAAACAUCACAAACUUCAGAACAGACGACAAUUAUGUCUAUAAGUUUCCUUCAUCAGUGUUGGGGCGAUACGUCACUGUGAUCAUACCAGAAACAAAAUAUAUGGCUCUGUGUGAAGUGAAAAUCACUGGCACAAAAAUGGCUUCACCUUUUCUACUGAUUGACCAAAACAAGACCUGGGAAGAAGCUCUGAACUACUGCAGAGAUAACCACAGCGAUCUGGCCUCCAUCUUGGAUGAACAGAUGCAGGCCUUUGCUGAGCUGGAGGCUGAGAAAGCCACCAGUCCCUUCGUUUGGAUCGGACUGCACUACGCCUCCUCCCUCCAUUACUGGUUCUGGGUUGAUGACCACGUUGUUAAAUUUGAACACUGGGGUUCCGGCGAACCACAAGAAAACUGUGACACCAGUGGAGCCAUGCAGAAAAAAGAAGACCAUUUGUGGUUCAGCAAGUCUGAUCAUGAUAAGUUUAAUUUUAUCUGUGCUGUAAGCUAAGAGCUGGGAUGUCUGAGUUCUGGUAAAUUUACUUUCAGUGAAUCAUCAGGUGAAAAACUAAUAUUGGUUUGCUAAUAGAAAAACUUUGUUUCUGGCAAUUUUAGGAACAUUUAGAGUGUUUCUUUUUCUCUGUUCUGUUUGUGUCUUUCUAUCUUCACAUGGACUUUGCAUUGGACUUUCAUUCAUAUUUCAUUCAUUUCUGUAGCCUAAUCAUUACCAGUACAUGCCACUAGAAAAUAUCAGACCUCUACUGGUUGCUCCUUUAUGUAACAAAAGGUGAUGGUUUUGUGUGUGAGAGUUUUAAAAAAAAAAUCACAAUUCAGCAAUGGUGCAUAUUUGGCAUACUAGCACAUGGACUGAAAUUUGUUUUUUAAACUUGAAAAGUGAGACUGUGCAGAAAAAAAAUAAAAUGUUGUUAAAACAGUUGGUACAACACAGUUUUUAUGUUUUAGCAGCUAUUUUAAUAAAACCCUAAUAAUAAUAUAUAACAACUUGUAUCCAAAAACAGUCUGGUGUUCACUCGUUUAAUGACCACAUAAGCAGAUAUUCAGGUAAUAUUACCUUGUGCAUAAAGUUAGUUAUGGAAAUGCAGUUCAUCAAAUUUCCUCCAACUUUUCCUCCUUGAGCAGCUGAUCGUGAUUAUAAUAGACGUAACACCUGAAGUAGCAACACAGGGAAAGUCAGUCACACCCAGGUCAGGGGAGAUGAAGGAAAUGUGAAGAAAUGCACCUUCUGGGGCGUGCUGUGUUGGCGUAGGGGAUAGCGCAACCCACAUUUGGAGGCCUUGAGUCCUCAAUGCGGUCGUCGCGGGUUCGAUUCCCAGACCCGACUGACAUUUGCUGCAUGUCUUCCCCCCUUUCCUGCCAGCCUACUGUAAUAUAAGGGACAAAAGACCCCUGGAGGAGAAAAAAAAAGGAAAUGCACCUUCUCAUAACCUGAAGAAUUGGCUCCUAAUGUAUUACAAGCAUCAUCAUGCUCAGACAUGACACCAGAGAGAGAGAGAGUGCAGCUGGAAAACAUUUGUUUUCUCAUUUGUUUAAUCAUAAUCUUUAAAAAGAGAAAUAUAGAAACACCUCAACUAAAGAAAGUUCUAAAAUCAGAAAUGUAAAGAAAUGUUUUUGGCAUAUUGGAGCCAUGCAAAAAGAAGGAGACCAUUUGUGGUUUAGCAUGUCUGAUUAUGAUAAGUUUAAUUUUAUCUGUGCUGUAAACUAAGAGCUGUGAUGUCUUCAUUACCAUGGCUUUACUUUCAGUGAA